AUGCAAGUCACAUCCCGCGCCGCACCCUCGCACUUCCUGGCGCGGCUGCUGCAGCUGCCACGACCUGCCAGCAGCCAAAAGGUGGAGGAAGUCUUGGCACCGAAGUUGCAGGACUGGCGAAGGUCCGCCGGAGCCCUCAACAGGGUCUUGAAAGACCUGAAGAGCCACAAGCGGCCGGAUUUGGUCUGCCAGCUGGUGGAGCUGCUCCACAGGGACGGGCGGGUGAGGAUGGGGCUGGCGCAGUAUUCCUCAGGGCUGAGUGCCUGUGCCAGAGCCAAGCAGUGGCAGCUGGCCCUGUACUUCUUCUUCCAUGCCAUGCCAGAAGGUCACGUGGACCCUGAUACCAUCAGCUACAGUGCUACCAUCACUUCCCUGGAGAAGGGUGCUCAGUGGCAGCUGGCGCUGCGGCUCUUCGAUUCCAUGCCGGAGUCUUCUCUCGCGGCGGAUGUCAUCAUCUACAACGCCACCAUCAGCUCCUGCGAGAAAGGUGGACACUGGCCACGGGCACUGGAUUUGUUCAAUGCAAUGCCUGAAGCCAAACUCUCCCCCGACGUCAUUAGCUACAAUGCCACCAUCAGCUCCUGCCAGAAAGGGGGACAGUGGCAGCUGGCAUUGCAUUUGUUCAACGCAAUGCCGUGGGCAUCCAUUGCCGCCAGCAUCGUGAGCUACAGCGCUGCCAUCAGCUCUUGUGAGACGGGUGCGCAGUGGCCCAUGGCCUUACAACUCUUUGACUCCAUCCGCGAGGCCAAGCUUGUGCCCAACAUCGUCAGCUAUGGAGCCGUGAUCAGCGCUUGUGGGGCAAGUGGGGAAUGGCAGUUAGCACUGCGGCUGCUGGGCUCCCUCCAUCAUGACAGCUGUCAGCCCAACGUCAUAAGCUACAACGCGGCGAUCAGCUCCUGCGAGAAGGUUGGGGCCUGGCAGUGGGCGUUGCAGCUCUUCAGCGCCAUGCCACAGGCGAAGCUGGAUCCCAAUGUGAUCAGCUACAAUGCCACCAUCAGCGCCUGUGAGAAGGGCCAGCAAUGGAAGAGGGCGCUGGCUUUCUUCCAUGCAAUGCGGGAUAGGGAGAUAACGCCCAACAUCACGACCCACAACGCCACCAUCAGCUCAAUGGCAGCGGCUGCACAGUGGCAGCGUGCCUUGCGCCUCUUUGCGGAGAUGCCCGAAACGGAGCCCGUUCCCAACCUCAGCAUUUGCUACAACGCCGCCAUGACCGCGUGCGAGAAGGGUGGGCAGUGGCAGCUGGCACUGCACGUCUUCCACUCCAUGCCUGCGGCUGCCCUCGAACCUGAUCUCAUCAGCUACAGUGCAGCCAUCAGCGCCUUGGAGAAGGGCGCACAGUGGCAUCUGGCACUUCACCUCUUUGCGUCCAUGCCGACGCCAACACGAACUCACGAUGUCAUCAGUGUCAGUGCCGCCAUCAGUGCCUGUGCGAGGGGCCAGCAGUGGCAGAGGGCCUUGCAGCUUUGGGAAUCCAUGCCGCAGGCGGACACCGUGAGCUUCAAUGCCGCCAUCAGCGCCUGCGCGAAGGGCCAGCAGUGGCAGCGAGCCGUGCAGCUUUUGGCAUCCAUGCCACAGGCGGACACCGUGAGCUUCAACACAGCGCUGAGCGCAUUUGGCCCCGAGACCUGGCAAGGCGCCUUAAGCCUGUUCCGUUCCAUGCCGAAGGCCGAGAUUGCACCAGAUAUCGGCAGCUACAACUCCGUACUGGAUGCAGCAUGUGACCAAGAUGCAGGCUACGCUCUCUUCCUGGAAGCACUGCAGCAAAACGUUUACCACCAGCUGCUCCGCAAGGGGCCUUGGUUUCUCGACUUGCAUGAGAUGUCGCGGGGCUCUGCGUGCCUGGCUGCAAGGUGGUGGCUCUCAACCAUCCUGCCGCCUCGCCUACAGACGCAGAAGCGCCAGAAGUGCAUCAUUGUCUCUGGUUUCUGGCAUUCAGCCUUAUGGUCAAGUUCUUCGCGCCUUGCAGGUUGGAAUUACCGGAUGGGGCCGCAGCCGGUCUUUGUGGCAAACGGGGGAUAUCCAAACAGCUGUAGUGGAGUGGCUCCUACGUCGCAAGCUUCCGGCCAGAGUUCGGCCGGGCAAUCGGGGAAACCUGGAACUCCGUCUUAG